AUGCCCGCAUCCUUGGAACUAACGCAUUCGUCUCUAUAUGCGUCGUUCAUUAACUCAAUAGCUUGGUCACUGUCGCUUCAUUUGACUAAGCGUCAUGGGGCUAUACCCCUCGGGAAACGGACCUUCUUCACAGCCGCAGAUUCUGACAUGUCCCCUGGCGGUACUUCUACCUCCGUUAUUUCAACACUGGAUAUUGAAUUGUCCCAAAGUGGCAAGGUGGUCAUAUCUCUUCGAUCCAGAUCCCAACCUGGAAUAAGCCAACUUUCAGAAGGCCUUGGGGUCAGUAGCAUUGGUGAAUUACGAUUGCAUGACAAUAUAUGGCUUGCUCCCGCAGGAACAAUAGCAAGGUAUAUAGGUAUAGGGGGUAGUGAAUAUGCGCUUGGUACCGGCAACUCAUAUCACUCCAACAACAUGCAUAGUUCAAGGAACGGGUUCUCUAGCGAGGGUCAGGAUCCAUGGAAAUUGGCGGUUUGCUCUUGGCUUGAGAGAACAGGAGUUCCUAUAGAGAUAUCAGAUAACAUGAGAUGGGUACAGGUUGAAGUGGUGACCCGUCAUCAAAGGUUAGGCCAGGGUAAGGCUACUGGUACCCGAAGAAUUUACUGGCCAGCACAGUUAUGUUUCAAAAAAGCCCGUUUCCCCACUAGCUCUCCAAUUCAAGGAGCUGAGACUUUAUCCCGCGACAGUCUGGGACCUCUACAGUACGCUCGCCAGUGGUUAAAAUGCUCUGUACCUAGAGACGAGGUUUUAUCACGGAAUGCUCCAUCAGAUGUAGCUCAGCACCCCGAGCAACACCCUCGAAGCGAAACACUGGCAUCACCCGAUGGAAUUGAUAUCCCAAACACAACUGAGAGCAUGGCAAGAGCAUUUUUAUGUCCAGAUUUCCAUCCAGCUACGGUAUAUCCAACUCCUCCAGGAGGUACAUUAGGUUUCGGGCAACUUUCUUCCGAUCACUCCGGCGGGCAGUACCCUCUUGAACUAUCCCAUAUUUCUAGGGAGGAACCUGAUGCUAACAUAACCGAAUCCUUAAAUCCUAAUACCCGAAAUUUGCUAGAAGCAACAUCUCCUGGGCUCGGUACCGGUACUGGGAUGUAUGACACGGCCGAUGAUGACUUAUUCGAAGAGAUGGAUGACAAUUUUGAUAACAAAGGAAUUACCGAGGCAGAUUUCAAUUUUUUUGACGAACCUGGGCUCUCUGACACCAACCUGGACGUUGAUUCCGGGAACCCAAGCCAUAAUUUCGUCAUAUCAGACCACCCCACGGCAGAAUCAAAGCCAGAUCUGGAGAUGAGUGAGUCACUAGCCUCAUUAGAACCAGUUCCGCCUACCGAGUCCCACGGAAUGGAAACUCCAAUGUUAGACAAUCUUGUGGAAGAAGGCGCAAAUCAAGGACAAAGUGAAAUUAAAAGCAGCCAACCCACGGCUAGAGCGGCAGACACAGAUAGGAAUACGGAACGUCCAAUAAGCCCACCACUAAGCCCAUCAGGAGUAAAACGUAUUUUAUUUUCGAGCCCGAAAGGGAGUUCAGAGAAGCCUAAAAACACGAUUAACUCCGCCACAAAACUUCCAGUAGAAGCAAGCAAUCAAUCAGGGCAACAUAAAGGUCGUUAUGAUGCAGUAUCGUUCCGGCAUGGGCUUGACUUCUCCGACAGAAAAUAUGGGAUUGAUGGUAGAUUCUGGUUCCUCCCCGAUCAUAAAACCUUCAAUUACAAUGCGGAUUCACAUACGACGAAAAUACCCAUGGUUAAUGAUUCGUCAGCACCAGUCUAUAAGUUAGGGCAGCAUGUAUACCCUCGUAAGAUUAAUGAACGCUUGGAUGGCGCAGACAGCGAACGAUGCUCGUCUUCUACCUCCUCUACGUCCUCUGUUUCAGGGGAUCACUAUGAACAGGCUGGGUUCAAUAAGAUGCGCCCCGUUGAUCCCAUCGAUAACAGGUUAAGGAGGGGAGAUUUGGAGGAAAUCUUCUCAGUUAGUUCUUCUCUACAAAGUCCUGGAUUUAAUGUUAGAAAGCGUUAUUCAACACACUCUGAUUUGGAAGAGGAUGUGCUAUUAGCUGGGCUUAUCUACCCAGCUACUGAUUGGUUAUUGUCAAAAUACUUUACAGCGUUCGAACCCAGCAUUCGCUCAGCUCUCUGCGGUCGAGAUGAGACGCUCCAUGUGGCACAGCUUUUGGUCGACCAAAUUACUCAAUCUACUUUGACGCAUAAAACGGAGAUCGCCUACGAGGAGAAUGAGAAAGAUAUUUGGCAGGCGUCAAUAGAUGACAUCAACGCACUGGGCCAAUCUCGUAGGCCCAGCCUUAAGAGUUAUGCAUCAAUAAGUGACAUUGGACCCAGCCAGCAAAUUAAGGAUACCACGGGCGGCGCCAUCGUUAAUUUAAGGCCACCUCAUAUGCACAUUAGGCGUGGAAAUUGCUCUCUCGAAGUCCUACCAACCGCUAUAUCCUUUUGGGAAACAUUCGGCCUUGAACCUCUCAAGGGCAAGAAGGAUAUCAUUUCCUAUUGCCUACACCCUGUGUCUAUGCAAGAGAGCGCCAAUGCCUUUCUUGAUAGGCUGGGUUUAACAUACUUGGGUGCCAAUCUUGGUACAUUCGCCCGUCAUGGUAGCGCAAAGGGUUUGGUUCCAUGGUCCCUGAGUCAGGAUAAGCUAGACUAUACAUCAAUUAUGCGGAGGUUACAGCAUAUCUGUGAAUCUUUAGGUACGUGA